AUGUUAUGCAAACUUGCUUGCAGAAUACCAUUCGAAUUAAAUUCUAAAGUCUCUCACCAUUACCGGAGAUACAGUGUCAUUUCUGCUGUCAUUGAAAGAGCAAAUUUUGGAGAGUUGACUGAAGUUAAGGGUUGGGUGAAGAGUCUAAGAAUUCAAAAGGAACAUAUAUUUGCAGACGUAAACGAUGAAGAUGGUAUAAACAAAGAGCAAGAGCUGGCUUUGGUAGACUACUGUAAUGGUGUACCCGUUUUUAUUAUUAGAUGGCCAAAAGAGCAGAAAUCAUUUUAUAUGAAGGAGGCUCACGAUAACACAAAGGUGGAAGCAUUAGAUCUAUUGGCACCAAUUACUGGUGAAUUAGUUGGUGGAAGCCUCAGGGAAGAUGACUACAAUAAAUUGAAAUCAAAAUUACCAUCGGAGGCUUUGAACUGGUACUUAGAAUUAAGAAAGUUUGGCAAUAUACCCACCGGAGGUUUUGGCUUGGGGCUGGAAAGGUUAUUGCAAGUACUAUGCAGUGUGCCAAAUAUCAAAGAUACCUUGCCAUUCCCACGAUGGCCGCAUAAUUGUGAUAUG